AUGUCUUCCUCAGACUCCGAGGCGUCGUUGUCCACUUCCAGCUCCAAAAAACGCACUUCGACUGAUGAGAUUCUCGAUAAUCUGACUGCUACGGGAAGACAGAAGAAGAUCAAGUUGAGCGACACAUUAUCCGAAUAUCGCACGGCUGGGCGCAAGGCAGUUGCCACCUUGCAUCCAUUUACAAAUGUGUCGCUCGCAUUUCAUUACGGGAUGACCCUUGAUAAGGGUGGUUCAUCCAGUUCAAACAUAUCUGAGGAGCAACAGACGCGAUUUCUCGCAUUUUACAACACUAUUCUAGAUUUUGUUCCAGGCUUCCGUGCAAAUCUUGACAACUUGUCAUAUGAUGAGCUCAAACCUUACAUUACAGCGUACUCAAUGCUUGAGUACAUUCUUGCCAACCGCAGCACUGAUACCCUCCAACCUCCCAUCCCAAAGUCUUCCUGCAAGUCGAACCGCGGCGUCAAUCAUCCCCGACUAGCACGGGAACUUUGCCCCAAGAAAUGGCUCGAUGAAUUUGACAAAGAUACCGACCUAGGGAUGCAACGUCUGCAAGACGGAGGAUGGCCUCUGCUUGCUACGAACUGGCCAUCCUUUCUGUAUCCUGCUGAUGCUGCUUACGACGCAGAAGAUCCGAUCACCGGCCUAUUCCGUGGACAUGCAGGUAUCAGGGCAUUUCAGCAUCUAUACUUAGGGCCCGCCGCUGCAGGAUCACAAGAUAAUGAUGAUGAAGACAGCAAGCAUGGUGGAGGAAAGUCAAAGUGCACCAUGUACGGGCUAACAAAAGUGACACCGCAGUCGUGGGCUUGGGCUAUGAUUAUCAUCGGCUCAUUCAACCUCGAAGAGUUCUUUUCAGCCAUUGUCGAGGCACUCGAUGAUACCGAGGAUCCGUGGGCAGUGGAAACACUCAAAUGGAUUAACGAACAGGUAUUUGGCAAACAUGCAGCCAAGGCAAUGAUGGCCACUUCGAAUGACGCUGACUCCGAUCUUGCAAAAAUGAGGGCGAAACGCGCUGCCCGCAAACAAGGGGCCCCCUUGACUGCUCCUCCAAAGCCCACUGCAGUUCCUCCCCCGAUUCACCGUCCCGUCACUCCGCCUAGUAGACUACCGUCUCUCGCUCCAUCUUCACCGUUGUCACUCCCACCUUCACCAAAACCUACCGACUCGGAACCUGCUACUGCUCCUUCUGAACUUGCCACCGCUCACGAUGCUCUUGCUGCUCCAACCGAUCCUGAACCACCUCUGACUGCACGACGAAAGGUACUCCCGAGACCUAAGCCUACAAAGCCAAAGUCGAGUGUCCGUCCCACACGUCUCGUUGCUAGCGGUGCCGAAGUCAAUGAACCAGCUCCUGUCGUACCUCAGAAGAAAAAGUAUUUCAUGCUUAGAUUUACACAUCAUGGACUCCCCGCAUUGCUCAUUCCCAAUUUUGUCGCAUUCGCACAUUCGCGCUGUCAUUUCUUCGGUGCUCUCGCCACGGCGCUCUCGAUCAUGCUUAGAUGGUCUUGGCGAGGCACAUCUGGCUGGGGGGGUCUUGCCAAGCCUGGGAAUGCCUUACCAGGGUGCGCCACUUUUGCUGAUGUUAUGACGCGUCGCGACUCGGCAAACAAAGCAAAAUAUCCGCCAUUCAUAUGCUUUGUUGCUUGUCAUCCACCAUCUCGACCUCCACAAACGCACAAAACUACGACUGAAGACAUUGUCCUCAUGGCAGCGCCAUUGAUGGAGUGGCUCAGACGGACUGUGGAGAUAACCAUCUCAGCCAGGCUGGCCACUGCUGAAAUGAUCGUGUUUGGAGUCCCGCAGGCGCUCUUCAAACUUCUGGGACAGAUCUCCUUGUAUUCAUUUGUGUUACCCUUCCGCCUCGCCUUCGUUGUCUACAACAUCACUAAAUCGUCGAGUGAGGACGCAAGAGGGUCUCUUAAGCCUGAGGAGCCUGGAGUGCCCACUCGCCAGCGUCGUUUCUCAUCAAUCAAGUUUGCAAGCAGCGUUCUCGGCGAACUCAUCUCUCUGCUGAACGAGGAAGAUACCGCCUUUGACACUAACAUGACCUUUUCGCGUUCGAGAAGUUCGACUACCUCUUCCGAAAUGGGGAAGCACUCUUCCAGCAACACCUCGGUAGCGACGCUUGUCGAAAUUGGACCAUUGAAGGAAACCGCAAAUGCCUACCCGAAAACACCAGCCAUCACCAAAAAGUAUGGCAUCACCAUAUUACCCGAUAGUCAAUGGGCUACCAUGAAUCCCACGCAGAGUCGCAGGACUCGUCGGGCCAUCAAGCGAGUCAAAUACAAAGAAGAGCACGGGGUGCCACCUAGGGAAGUUAAUAGCAAGGCGUCCAAGGCUUCUAAGACAUCGAAGAUAAACAAAGAAAAUACCAAGGAAAACGACCGGGAACACGAACUGGAAAUCAGCAAGGAAAAUCUCAAGGACAACGACAAGGAAAGCCAGACCAAAGACGGCAAGAAAGACGACCAGGAACCCGUCAAUGAGAAAUAUAACGAGGGUAUCAAGGAUGACGACACAGAGAACAACGACCAAGGCUUUGUGGAAGGUUUCACGAUAGACGACAAGGGCGUCGAGGAGGACGUCACGGCAUACGACAAAGAAGGCGUCGAGGAUAAUUUCACGAAAGAUGAUGAGGGUGUCAAGGGAUGUACCACGGAAGACGACAACGAAGGCGUCGAGGCAUGUUUCACGGGAGACAACAAAGACGUGAAGGAAAAUCUUACGAAAGACGACGACGCCGGCGAGGUAAAUGUCACGGAAGUCGACAACGAACGCGUCGAGGGAAAUGUCACAGAAGAUGUCUACAAACGCAUCGAGGAAGAUGUCCCGGAAGAGCACGACGAGGUCGUCAAUGAAGAUGACAACGAAGGCUACCAGAAAACCGCAGCAUACGGCGCACACAAAUUCACACCUCCGACGCACCACCGUACUCUUCUUCAGCGGAGCAGGGUCAGCGUGAUCCCAUCGCUUGUCAAAGGCUGGCCCCCUGUCUUGCUAUCGGAAUCCAUCAUCGAUAGGCUGGACCCCAUCGAUGUCAAGAUCAUGCAGCUGGAGUGCGAGUAUCACUUGUCCCGCCAGGAACUGGCAUAGUGGUCGUUUCAUUGUUUAGUGCGGUGGAGUAUCCCAACAAAGAGUACAAGUUCACAUCGAUACCCCUCGAUCUUGCUGGAGAAUAUACAAUAGAGGAAGUAGAUCUGCCUUAAUGCCCAUGUAUUUGCGAAAUGUAUUGCUUGACUUAUGUAUUGUUGAUUUGUCCUUCCGUCGUGCC